AUGGAAGGACCACCGAAGGAAAUUAAUGUCUCAUCAGUUACAAACGAAGUGCUAACAACCGAUGAUGAAGACAAUAUUCCUAUUCUGACAGAAGAAAACUAUAUGAGUUGGAAAGAAAAGAUGGAAAAUUUGUUGAAAAAGAAAGGACUUUGGGAUUAUGUGGUUGGAGCAAAACGUGAACCUGAAAAUACUUUCAGCCAAGAAUAUGAGGAUUGGUUGCAGAUAAAGAAAGAAAUUGUAUCAUUAUUCAGAAGAAAGUGUGGAUCUGAGACACUACAAGAUAUUGAAAAGCUAGACAUCACACUUAUUUGGAGGCAAUUGGUUACCAUGUAUGAGUUCACUUACCCAGCAAACACAGGAAAAAUGAAGAGGAAGAGCACAAAUUACACAUGGAGUUUGCCUUUUUACAAAGCUAUUGUUGAUGGUAAUUGGAAGAGUGUCUCUGAGUUCCUCUCAAAAAAUGAGGGAGUUCUUGCAGUCAGGCUCACAUCAUCAGGAGAACUCCCUCUUCAUGUGGCAGUUCAAAAUGGAAAGGUUAAAAUUGCAAAGGAAAUGCUAAAAAAUAUGUCGGUAGAGGUUCUAUCAAGACAAGAAAAAGAUGGCAAAACAAUCCUCCAUAUUGCUUCUGUAAGUGGGAACAAAGAGAUCGUAAGGGCCAUCGUUCAAAAGGAUGCAAAACUAGUGAUGAUCAAAAGCCAAUACUACAAAAAUUGCAUCCCAAUCAUCUACGCUGCCGCUGCAGGCAAAAAAGAUGUGGUCAAUUAUCUUUACCCGAUUACCAUACACCAAGAUGCAAAGAAUCACAAGGAAGAAGACCACCACAAUACUGGCGAUGAUGAACGUGAAACAACUAGAGCUGAAAUUCUUGUUUCUCUAAUUUUUGGUGAUUUCUAUGGUAAGUGA